UUGUUUGCUUUUCUUUAUUGUAUAUGACGUUACAUUAUUUUCACAGCAGUUUAUUAUAAUCUUAUAUUCUAAAUUUCUAAUUUAUUUGCAGCUUCACACUCAAGAACUUUUUUCUCCAAUAUUUCUAUCUUUCAUGGUCCUUAAGCUGCUCUUACCAAUAUGGGUAAUGAUGUUUGUAUUCCAUCCAUUGCCUCCUGCUGGUGAUCAAGAAGAUUUGAUUCCUGCUUUCAGUGAAGAUGGAGCAUACUCUUCAACAUUUAGUGCAAGUACUGAGGACCAACAAUACAGACAACUCUACUAUCCUGCUGAGGAUUACCGAAGUGUAGACACACAAGUGAGUGUUGCACCUGGAGGUCACCUGACUGGAGCUGUUGGCACCAACAUUAAAAUCACUCAUUCAGCAGCCACUAACGUUGCAGCCAAUAGCAACUAUUUCAAGCAGACAUCUUUGGCUCCAAUUAGAGAAGAAAGUGGUUCUGUUUCUGUUGGCUCACUCACUGCCACUCAGAGUCAUUCAAUCAAUAAUGCCCCUGGUGUUCAGUUACAGGCUCCACUACCUUCUCAGCAACAAGACAUGCAAGCUCCACCACAGAUCCAGCAACAGAAUAUUCGGCAGCAGCAACUACAAAAGCAGCAGCAACAGCAACGUCGAGACAAGGCAUUUGUGUGAGCUGUUAUGUUCACAUGUGAAUUAGGAAAGAAAGAUGCUAAGAGAAAAAUUAGCUUUGCAUAUUACUAGAAAUAUAAAUUAAAAUUGCUAAUUUUUCUUCUAUUAGUAAUUACAGUAAUAAUGAUGAUGACAUCUACAAGAAAGACAUCUCAACAUUCUUUAUUAUCUUUAGUAUUCCUGCAUUAUAAAUUCUGCAGAUUAAUUCCUACUAAUUUGGAAACAUGCCCUAAACAUAAUCUAUUCAGAUAUUAUCAUAGCUGCAUAUCUGGAGCAUUGCAAAGGAAUCCCAGUAUUGACUGUAGGACUUCUGUUUAUUCCACUGUUAUAUGGAAAAACUAUACUGCACAUUUAUCCAGUGACCAUUGCUUGAGACAUUGGAGAAAAAGAAUCUGCUUGUAUGCAUACAGUAUGUGAAAUAUGUAUGGCUUGUAGCAAUAAGUCAUACAUGUGUGUGUGUGAGAGAGAGAGAGAGAGUGAGUAUGUAUUUAUAUGUAUUUAUAUGUAAAUUAUGAUGUCUUGGUGGUUGUAACCACAAUUCUGUAAAAUAUAAACUGCACAUUCCCCACAUUUCUCAGUUGAAAAGGUUUCCUUUCUGUAUAACAAUGUAUUAUCUUGAGUGGAACCUUUUCUAGCUUUGAUAUGUAUGCAAGCAACUUUAAACUUGAUUCCAAAGUUUUUACUAAAUGUCAAGUGUGUACUGCAUGUGCCAUGUUUUCAUUUCAGGACAUCCUUUUGUAUGCAGUUGAUUGAGGAAUCUGUACUGAAGUUCUGAUUUAAAAGGAAAACACUAAAGGCAUGUUCUAGUUUCACUGGUAUUCAGCUUUAUUAUAGCUGAUACAUUCCACACCAAUUAUUCACAUAUAUUUAUUCAGACAGAACAAAAAUAUCAUUGAAUUUUACAAUUCACUUUUUUAAAUGAUAUGUUUAUAUUUAAUGUUUUUCAAACUUUAUUAUUUGUAUAUGUGUAUAGACAUGAAGUGAUAUUACUGCUAUAACAAUAUCUUUAAUUUAUGCAUCACUCAAUCAAAGAAGGUUUCCAAACAAUUAAAAAUGCUAACUUUAGUGGUCAUUUAUCUCAUAUCUAGUAGCAUAUAUAUAAUAUCUUAUUUUAAUGUACAUUAUUGCCAAAUAUAUUGUCUGAGAGAUUAAAACAAAGUUAGCUGUUUCUAUUUUGAAAUAGGAUGACAAGUAUUUAUUUGGACAUUUAUCUUGGAGCUAACAAAACUAGUGACAUUAUGUUCAAAGUCAGCAAGUCCUCACUACAACUCUUUAAUUCAUACGAACAUUUGAAACUUUUAAAAAUAAAAAUAAAGUAUA